AUGAGCGGACUUCAGAACGGCGCAGCGCCGGCACGCGCCCUCGACGACGACAGCGAUGUUGAGGAGGAGGCGCUUGUUGCCGACUACCGCGAGCAGGUUGAAUACGAGGACGGCCUCGAGGAUCUGGAGCAGGUUAACUCCCUGACCCUCGCCCAGCAGAAUGACGACAUUCAGUCAAGACUCGCUGCAGCCGCACAGCCGCUCGACUUCUCGGCACCGCUCGAGGUCAAGUUCCAGAGCUACGAUGCCUACUGCAGCCUGUUUCACUUCAUUCUCAACUCUGAGGGCCCCGUGGACCUGGAGCCCCCUUCGUACUACUGGGCUUGGGACGUCAUCGACGAGUUCAUCUACCAGUUCAACUCCUUUUCUUCUUACCGUAUGCGCAUUGCCCGCCAGAAUAACAACGAGGAGGAGAUCGCCAUCCUGCGAGAGAACCCCAAUACGUGGGGCUGCUACAGCGUGCUCAAUGUGCUGUACUCUCUGAUCCAGCGGUCACAGAUCACCGAGCAGCUGGCCGCGCAGAAGCGCAACGAGGACCCUGCCGCUGUGGCCGGAGAGUACGGCUCAAAGAACCUGUACCGCAUGCUGGGCUACUUCUCCAUCAUUGGCCUGCUGCGCGUGCACUGUCUGCUGGGCGACUUCAGCCUGGCCCUCAAGACGAUGGACGACAUUGAGCUCAACAAGAAGGCCAUGUUUGCGCGCGUCAUGGCUGCGCACUUCACCACGUACUACUACAUCGGCUUCUCGUACAUGAUGAUGCGCCGCUACUCCGACGCAAUCCGCAUGUUCAGCCACAUCCUGGUGUACGUGUCGCGCACAAAGAACUUCCAGAAGAACGCGCAGUACGACUCCAUCACCAAGAAGAACGACCAGAUGUAUGCACUCAUUGCCAUCUGCGUUGCUUUCAGCCCCACGCGUCUGGACGACGCUAUCCACACCCAGAUCCGCGAGAAGUACGGCGAGCAGCUGCUGAAGCUGCAGCGCGGUGGCCCCGAGUCGCUCCCCAUCUUCGAGGAGCUGUUCCGCGCCGCAUGCCCCAAGUUUAUCUCGCCCGUGCCGCCAGACUUUGAGAACCCGGAGGCCAAUGUCGAUCCCAUCGAGCACCACCUGGCCGUUUUCAUGGACGAGGUCAAAAACAACAUGUGGAGCCCGACUGUGAAGUCGUACCUGCGUCUGUACACGACAAUGGACCUGAAGAAGCUGGCUGGCUUCUUGGAGGUGCGGCCCGAGGAGCUGCGUUCGUGGCUAAUUGUCAACAAGGAGCGCACCAAGCAGCUGCGGUGGAACGACCAGAAGCUGCUGGACGGCGAGUGGGUCAACGUUAGCGACCUGGACUACGCUCUGCAGGGUGACCUGAUUCAUGUGUCAGAGGCAAAGGUUGGCCGCAAGCUGGUCGACUGGUACCUGCGCAAUCUCUCGCGGACCUAUGCGUAA